UAACGCUCAUUUGGUCUACCGUAAAGGGCAACCCAGAAGGGCACUAGUGCCAACUCGGUUAGAUUAGCGAUUCCGCCCUAAAGCCCACACAGUCCGCUCUUCGACGAAUUCUCUCCUAACAAUCAACCCGACAAGCCCAUUUUCCGAUUUUUGAGAUAAAAAGUCGCCAUGGGUCGUGUGAUCCGCAAUCAGAGAAAGGGACGUGGAUCCAUUUUCACGGCCCACACCCGUCUCAACAAGGCUCCCGCCCAGUUCCGUACGCUCGACUACGCUGAGCGUCAUGGAUACACUCGUGGUGUCGUGAAGGAGAUCGUCCACGAUGCCGGCCGUGGUGCUCCCCUCGCCAAGGUCCAGUUCCGUCACCCCUACAAGUUCAAGCAGGUCACCGAGACCUUCAUUGCCAACGAGGGCAUGUACACUGGCCAGUUCAUCUACGCCGGAAAGAACGCCACUCUGACCGUCGGCAACGUCCUCCCUCUCGCCUCCGUCCCCGAAGGUACCGUCAUCACCAACGUCGAGGAGAAGUCUGGUGACCGUGGUGCUCUUGGUCGUACCUCCGGCAACUACGUUACCGUCAUCGGCCAGAACCCUGAGGACGGCAAGACCCGUGUCAAGCUGCCCUCUGGUGCCAAGAAGGUUGUCAAGAACACCUCGCGUGGUAUGGUUGGUAUCGUUGCCGGUGGUGGCCGUACCGACAAGCCUUUGCUCAAGGCUUCUCGCGCCAAGCACAAGUUUGCUGUCAAGCGCAACUCGUGGCCCAAGACUCGUGGUGUUGCCAUGAACCCCGUGGAUCACCCUCACGGUGGUGGUAACCACCAGCACAUCGGUAAAGCCUCUACCAUGUCCCGGUACGCUGCCCGUGGUCAAAAGGCCGGUCUUAUUGCUGCCCGGAGAACCGGUUUGCUCCGUGGUACCCAGAAGACCAAGGAGUAAGGGUUUUAAUGGGUGGAGUUUUGUUUGUGACGGGUUGAAAAUGUUCUUCUUUUGCUAUGAGACA